AUCUCGGCGGCCCGCAGCAUGUCGGCCGUGCGCAGGAAGUUCGGGGACGAGUACCAGGCCGUGGGCCCCGCUCGCUGCAGCGCCCGCAGGGAGCGGCAGCGCUUCGUGGACAAGAACGGGCGCUGCAACGUGCAGCACGGGAACCUGGGCGGCGAGAGCAGCCGCUACCUCUCCGACCUCUUCACCACGCUGGUGGACCUCAAGUGGCGCUGGAACCUGCUCAUUUUCCUGCUGACCUACACGGUGGCCUGGCUGGUGAUGGCCUCGAUGUGGUGGGGCAUUGCCUACCUGCGGGGUGACCUGCACCAGGCGCACGAUGACACCUACAGCCCCUGCGUGGCCAACGUGUACAACUUCCCCUCCGCCUUCCUCUUCUUCAUAGAGACCGAGGCCACCAUCGGUUACGGGCACCGCUACAUUACCGAGCGCUGCCCCGAGGGCAUCGUGCUUUUCCUCUUCCAGUCGCUGCUGGGCUCCGUGGUCGAUGCGUUCCUCAUCGGCUGCAUGUUCAUCAAGAUGUCCCAGCCCAAGAAGCGAGCCGAGACGCUCAUGUUCAGCCGCGCCGCGGUCAUCUCGCAGCGGGAUGGGAGGCUCUGCCUCAUGUUUCGUGUCGGCAACCUCCGCAACAGCCACAUGGUGUCUGCCCAGAUCCGCUGCAAGCUGAUCAAGUCCAGACAGACACCGGAGGGAGAGUUUCUGCCACUAGACCAGUGUGAACUGGAUGUUGGAUUUGGAACUGGAGCCGACCAGCUGUUUUUAGUCUCCCCUUUAACCAUCUGUCAUGAAAUUACCUCAGAGAGCCCCUUUUUCUGUCUCUCACAAAGAUCACUAAGAAGUGAGCAAUUUGAAAUAGUUGUCAUCCUCGAAGGAAUCGUUGAGACUACGGGAAUGACGUGUCAAGCUAGGACCUCGUAUACAGAAGAUGAAGUCCUUUGGGGUCACAGGUUCCUCCCUGUAAUGUCUCUGGAAAAUGGUUUUUUCCGUGUUGAUUAUUCUCAGUUUCAUGCUACAUUUGAAGUGCCCACUCCUCCUUACAGUGUUAAAGAGCAAGAGGAAAAGCUGUCCCUGUCAUCUCCUUUCAACAGUCCCGUUGAUAAUAACAAAACCAGAGGAGAACAGGCUUGUCUGCUUGACUGUGUUGAUAUUGCAGGAGAGAAGGACAAACUCCCUUUUAAACUUCAGAAGAUUAGCUCAAGAAAGGAAAGCCUUCCACAAAGAGCCCUGAGAAUGAGUUCCAGUAACACAGAGAAGACUUUCAGUACUGGAGAUCUCUUGAAAAUUCAAGAAAUAAGUCCCAGCUCUGAGGGUGAAGACAGGGAUGACAGGAUGCAGCUGAAAGCCUCAGAAAUAAGUGCUGAGGCUUUGCCUCAGUCUGCCAGUGACCUCGAGUUACACAGGAUCUCUCCAAGUACGGGAGCUCUGGAGGUGAAAUUGGAAGAUAAUUUACCUGCCAAACUUUUAAAAAUGAACUCUGAUUGCCUCUCUUAAGAGCUGAAGAAACAGGAGUUGCUGCUGAUAAACUGUGUUCGAGACUGCUGACCUGAGAAAGUUGUUUUACAGUAAAGUCAUAAUUUGGUUUUGCCACUUUCAGGAAGAAUGAUCCUUUUUGCAUAAUUGUUCUGUCCAGAUCCAAUUUAGGUAGCAUAAUAGGACUUUGAGGGGCAGGAAGAUUAAACUGUCAUGCCAAAGAGAUCCCUGCCCUAGUGAUGUUUAUCAGCAUGCUCCCUGCAAAUCUACAUUGUCUUCCAUGUAUGCAGAUGCUUUUUCAUGAAGCAAGGAUCAGAUCUUUAUGUCACAGAGGGUGUAACAGCAGCUGAAACGUGGUUUUGUGCAGCACAGAUCUUGGACUGUUCCUGAAGUAUAAAACAGAACACAGGAAAAAUCUGUGAUGCUGCUUGGUCACAGUCCAGUGGCCUUCCUGUGACACCUGGAGACUGCAUCCCUCCUCAGUGAUCUCCUUCUGUGCUCCCAGUGUCUCAUUCAUUGCCAGUCAGGUAAAGGAAGCAGUUUGCAAUAACCAUUUGGGUCAUUUAACUCACAUGAACUCUCAUAAACGUGUUCAGAACUAGACCUCAGCAUCUGAUUAGGUGGGUCACAUGUUGAAUUUUAACAACCAUAUCACCAGUCACUGUGAAGGGAACCUGAGGUCAGUAGCUCAACUUAAUGGUGUGUCUCAUACUGCAACUAAAUGAAAUUUUAGUUUGAAGACAUUGUAAUCAAAUAAAACCAAAAUGCUCUAUAAUGCUCAGUCAUUACACCUUCUCAGAGUUUUACUAAUGAAUGGUAGUGUCAUGUUGAUAAUGUUUGUUACAUUUGCCCUCUCCAUUUGUGUAUGAUUCUCAAUAAUUUUGUAGAUUUGACAUUUAUUACUGUUCAGCUCAGUUCACCUCAGCCUGUGAAACAAAAGUGUUUUUUUUCCUGGUUGCUAGUGAGUAAGCAUAAUCCAAACUUGCUGUUUUGUAAACUGCAGUGUUCAGUAGCUCAGCAUAUAGGGUGUUUAUCACCAAAGCACUAGCACAGCCCUCUCCAACAGAAGGAUCAAAUUCUACUCUUGUUACAUGGACAGAAUUCAAUCAAAUUUAAAAGGGGUGGCAGUGGCCACUUUGAUUGGCAAGGCAUUCCUUGAUGGCAAAGUGAUAUAUCCAAGCUAGGAAUGACUUGGCUUGCAUAACUUGCUAUUUCUUGCUUUGAUCUGGCUACAGUGGGAAACUGGAAAAUGGUAUUUUAUGCAGGGGUCAGAUUUGCUCGUCGUUGUUUGUUUUCAACGUGAAUUUCAACGUUAUAUAUGUGCUGAAAUCUGUAUUUUCAUUUACUAACUGUAUUUGUAUGGAGUACUUAGAUGACAAGGUGAAGUCUUGAAUGAUGAUGAAUCUCCCUACUCAUCAGAACAGCCAGAGAUGGUGUGAAAUAAAAUUACAUCCA